CCUCUUUUUUCUUUCAGACGUUUCUCUGCAGAUGGACUCACUGCUCUGAUUCUCUGAUGUAAAAAUAUUUAAACUCUUCAUCACAUCGACACUUUGUUGGAUUUCUGGAUUAAAAUUUAGUUUCUGUUUGACCGACUGACUGUAAAGUGACUGAAUUUUUGGAGCAACUGGUUGAUUUAAGCAUCCGUUUCUUACGAUGUUGACCACAUCUGUCCUCCUGCUGCUCCUUGUCUCUGCUGUAUCCUCGUCUCCUGUUGCUCAGGAUGCCUCGGUGUGUUCCAGGACAGUUUGUGCUGCAGGUAGAGUUUGUGUUUCUACUGUCAGAGGAGAACCAGAGUGUCGCUGUUUAGAGCAGUGUGACUCGUCUGAACACUGGGUUUGUGGCAGCAACAAUAAAUCCUACAGGAAUCACUGCGAGCUGCACCGAGACGCCUGCACCUCCCAAACCAAGAUCCAUGUGGAGCACCCAGGACGCUGUCAGGAAAAACCACCAAAGACCGACAUGAGUCCCAUUGUGUGCUUCCUGUCUGACCGUGAUUGGCUGAGAGAACGAGUCAUCCAGUGGGUUCACAAAGAGGCCGAAUCAGACCAGGUGUCCCUGAACGCAUCAUCAGCCAGCAGCCUCCUGCAGAGUUACUUUCAGACGUACGAUAACGGAGAUUCUCAGCUCGACUCUAAAGAGUUCCUGAGGUUCCUGAAUCAUAACGAAACGUCUCUGAACCUGACAUUCUCUAACACUCUGGAGAUGAACCUACUGCUCAGGUCUCUGUGUGUCGAUGCUUUGAUCGAGCUGUCGGAUGAAAACGCCGACUGGAAGCUGAGUUUAACUGAAUUUAUAAACUGUCUGACGCCGACUUUUCAUCCACCUGAGAGAAAAUGUGCUCUGGAGGACGAGGUGUUGGAGGACGGAGCUGAGACUCACCUGGACUGUAAUAAAUGUGUCUGUGCUUGUGGAAACUGGGUCUGCACAGCUCUGACCUGCAGCGGAGAACAUCAGGUGGAAGAAAACAUUCAGGAAGGGGGAGAAGAUGAAGAGAUGACAGAAGAAGAAUUCAGCAGGAGAGUGGCUGAACUCAACGCUUUACAGGAGACCUUUGCCAUGGAGACCUGAGACCCCGCCCACUGAACCUCCAACAGCCAAUCAGGAGCUGAGGUGGUUUUAAACUCCAGAGAAGAAAACCUCAGAAUUUAGUUUUAUAUAUUCAGAAAUCUCAUCACAUUAUAUUUCUGAGAACUGAAGCUGCAUUUAUUUUAUUACAUCUUAUUUUUGCUCAUAUAUUAUUAUUUGGGCUGUAGUUUUUAAAAUGGGAUGAUGGAAAAAUGCCAAAUUCAAGUCAACACUGGGAUUAUUUUUAAGUUAUCUAUCAUUUACUGUCAGAUUUAUUCCUCAGGACUGGAGGCUGAAGGCUUUAGGAAACCCAUUAACAUUCAGGAGCUUGUUUUAGUAAAAUAGAACCAGGUUCUGAUGAUUUUACAGCCUUCAAUAUUAGCUUUUUAUGUUGAUUAUUAAUUAAUUUUCCCUAGACUACAGUCCUAAAUUAUUGUUUUGUUUUUAUUUAUUGUUUAUCGUUUUACACAUUCCAAAGACCGGACUUUGUUUUGAAUGUUUCCAUUUUCAUAAUUAAGAAUUUAUAGGACAUUUUUGUUUUAUUCCACACGUUUAAAAAUAAAUAAAAAAGAGAAAAUGGGUUUGUCAGAAUUAAUUUUAGAGGCUUCAAUUCAUUUCAGGCUGAAUAGAUUCAUUAUUAUUGAGAUGCUCUAGUCUGUUGUACUCUUUUGUUGCUCAAAUAAACAUUUUUGUGGAAUUAAUCCUUUAAAAAAUGUCAGAAUCUGAGAGUUUUUAAAAAUAUUUUUCAUUAAUUGACAUUAUUUUGGAGAAGUCUGUUUUCACUUUGACAUUAAAGAGUCUUUUUUUGGUAAA